AUGGAAAAGAUACAUCAGAAUGAUCCUCAAUCUAGUGGAAUAGAAAAGGAUGUACCAAAUCCGCCUGUCGACCAGGGAGGCACUGAGUCUGUUCAAACUGAUGCUGCCAAUCUUAGAAAUGCUUCUCUCAAUAAUCAGAAUAACGUUGCACGUUCUAGCUUGAUGGAACGUAAUAGUACUGCCCGCACUUUCGAGUGGGAGGACUCAAUAGAUACGUCACAAGAAGGAACAAAGAAAGAUGCAGGCAGGCUUCACCUUCCGAGCCCAAAGAGGACUGCUGUUUCUCCAUUGAAGAAGUAUGGGAAUAUCAGAUUGACUAAGAGAAGAAAAGUUAAGAGAUGGAGCUUAUUGGAAGAAGAAACCUUAAGGACUGGUGUACAGAAGUAUGGAAAAGGGAACUGGAAACUUAUCUUGAAUAGCUACCGCGAUAUAUUCGAAGAGAGAACUGAGGUUGAUCUAAAGGACAAGUGGAGAAAUAUGGAAGGGAUGUGGAUGAAAGAUGUUUUGUAG